GCAGCUCCAGAGGAGAGAGGGAGAAGUCAGACAGAACUCACAGACCCGGAGUCUUCCGAUGCUUCCAGCUUCAAACACUUUUUUUCAAAGCAGCAUUUUUAAGGAGACGCUCGUGUUUUUGUGACGUUUCUGAAGCGGGACAACCUGUGUUUGGGACUUCAACCAACUCGCUGCAGCUUCUUUUUUUGGAGGCAUUUGUUUUCUGUUAAUAACAUCAAAUCUCGUUGCAUCGCCUGCGCUUGGAAUUUUACACGAGUCUUGAGUCAAAUUUCUGCUUCUUUCGCUUUUGUUUUGAUGCGUUUUACUCUGAAAGCUGCUGGAGAGUCGCGCGCCUGAGAGGAGCUGUCCGGUGCUGAAACCACGAGCCUGUGAGAGAGAGCGGAGCUGUGACGGGAUAAAACCAACAAACCAACCACGAGGGACACUUUUAAACAACCAAACCUUUUCAAGACCCGGUUCAGAUUCUGUCUCUGAGUUUUUUCUAACCCUAACCAACAUUUUACACAGAAAAUAAGCAGGAAAAAAGGAGGAGAAAUCACAGAGAGGGGCUUGUUUUUUAUUUUAAAAGCCAUGUCUCCACUUUUAAUCAAAUAAAAGGACUUUUACAUGUUAAAAAUCAGCUAAUUCCUUUCAUCAGGCUAUUUUUAAAGUGGGUUAGAAAAGGAUAAAGUGCAGCCAUGCCUCGCUCUUUCUUAGUGAAGAAAGUCAAACUGGAUGAUUUCUCAGCUGCUGAGCUGGAGAGCUCCUACAGCCGGAGAGAAGAGCUCAGUCUGCGGUUCCAUCAUCAUGACAAAGACUACGUCAGUGAUUAUCUGAGUCCAAAUCCUUACGAUGAUGUCGUGGGAAGUGAUUCAUCGGUCAUCUCUAAAGUGCCCUCCCCGAGCCACUCCUCCAUUAUUUAUGGCCACAUUAACAACACCUAUUCUGGUAUUCACGGUGACAUCCAUGGCGAUUCGGACCAGCCAGACAGCCCGAGGUCCGAGGUCUCGUCGUCAGCGGGCGGAUACAUUAACGGGGAUACAGCCGUGAGUGAAGGAUACACAGUGGAUGCCUUCUUCAUCAUGGACGGACGGUCGCGACGAAAAGCAACGGGGACUCCGAGAGGAGGAGGAGGAGGAGUCACUCAGAGGCACACCUGCAGCGAGUGCGGCAAGACCUACGCCACGUCCUCCAACCUGAGCCGGCACAAGCAGACCCACCGCAGCAUAGACAGCAAGAUGGCCAAGAAGUGCCCCACGUGCGGGAAGGUUUACGUCUCCAUGCCGGCCAUGGCCAUGCACCUGCUCACCCACGACCUCAAGCACAAGUGCGACGUGUGCGGCAAGGCCUUCAGCCGGCCGUGGCUGCUGCAGGGCCACAUGCGCUCGCACACYGGCGAGAAGCCGUUCGGCUGCGCGCACUGCGGGAAAGCGUUCGCCGACCGCUCCAACCUGCGCGCCCACAUGCAGACGCACUCGGCCUUUAAGCAUUACAAGUGCAAACGGUGCAACAAGACCUUCGCACUCAAGAGUUACCUGAACAAGCACUACGAGUCUGCGUGCUUUAAGGGGGCUUUUUCCCCGCUGAGCUCACUGAGCGAAUGAUGAAUUCAUUUUCUUUUAUUUACAUCAAUUUUUUUUCUGCUUUAGCCCCUAAAAGUGCCCAAAAAUGGUACACAAAAGGAGUCUACUAGAAUCAUAAAACUCCUCAAUGCCUUCAUCUGGAGGGUGAUUGAAACGUUUUUAUUGCCUGAUUUAGAUUGUCACUUGCUUCGAUWAGAUUCGCCCUCGUUGGGUUCUGUGAAGAUAAAUAAAGCACAGCUAGCUCAUCUUUUCUGAAAAUCUAUUURUGUCCACAUCAGUCCUCAUCUGUUGUUUUUUUUCUUUUUUAUUCUACCUGUGAAGAUAUGAAACAAAAGCACAAUUGUUCUUUCAUGUCUCUGUGUUUCUGUGACAGCAGCUUGAGAGUCAAACACACCGAGCAAAGAGAUUCAGAAAACACUUUUAUUUUCRGCUUCAUUAGAAGCAAACGUUUGGUGUUUUUGUUUUUGGUAAAGCUGAACCACAGCUGAACUUUAACAAAAAUGACAGAAAAGAAUUUCAAAAAGCACAACAUAGACAUGCAAUCUAAAGAUUUUUCUUACACCACCAUAUACUUACAGUAUUCACACAUGGGGAGCAAAAUUAUCAUGAUSAACUGUGCAAAAAAAGAAGUAGGCUACAAUGUUGCCAUAAACGUAGUAUUAAUAUGUGACACUUACGGGUUAACUUUGUAUUUCUUAAAUUUGGGCUUCUUGUGACAUCAAACGAUAUUAAAAUAGAAUCAAGGAGACAAACUGAGCUUCCAUUUCAGGAUCAACUGGUCACUCCUUAAUAAUAUUUUCUUAUGGCUUCAGUUUAAUGCUUGUCUUUUAUUUGUCUGCCAUGUUUCAAAAGGAAUUUAAAUGAGAACCACUUUUGCAAAAAAGAUGUGAUCAAACAACUCAGUUUUUAGCUUUGAUUUUUUUUUUGAAAAUUGUGUCUAUUUAUUGCCUUAUUUAMUAAUUUAUUCAUCUGUAUAAUUUUGUAUUAUUUUGCACUUUAUUACAAUUUUUUGCCUUUGUUAAGAAUAUGCCAAAGCAUUUGACACUUUCUAAAUACCAAGUACCUUUUUUGUGUUUGUCUGCCACUUUAUUUACACGAAUCUUUGCAUGCAAAAAAAGAGGGAAUUUAUGCCAACUUAGGGAUAAUUUGCCAAAUGUUUUAGGAGACUGGCAAAAUGAGGCAAAGUUUGUGUCUUGGGCAAUAUUUCAUUAACACCUGUUAGAGCAAUAAUGCAUGACAAGUUCAAAGAAAAAGUCAAAUCUGCUCAAAAUAUCUUAAAUAUUUUCUAACUAUAGUUGCAAGAUAUCCAAUUUCAGGGAGUUAGUGAACAAAGUUUGUCUUGAUUAAUGAGCGAUGGGUUUAGAGCUCCAGAUUUACAGGAACUUUGGCAUCGCUGUCAUUCCUUCGGGGCUUUUUUCUGGGACUUUUGUGGACUAAACAUUAGUAGAAAGAUCAAAGCAAAGACUGCAGGGUCAGUUUUCUGAUUUUCAAUCUCUGCUGCUUUUUAUGUAAAAAAUAUCUAAAAAGAAAAARAAGAAGAAGAAGCCUGCUAGUUACAAUUAUAUCGUGGCAUCAUUAGCUCAUUGAUGACAACUACAUCUGUACUAGGAACAGCUGGUGCUUCUGGGAUUCACACAAAGAACUCAGCUCAUUUAGACGGAGAGCUCGCUCUUGGUUGGGUCGAGUCAAUUUGUACAUGGUUUAUGCACUGCCUGCCUCGUAUUAUUACUCUAAAAUAUUGUAGAAAGUAGAAGGUAGAUCUCUGGUGCUGAAAACGGAACGGACAAAAACACAAACCCAGAAUGUGAAAAGAUAAAAGGAUAGUUCUGAUCUGACCUGUUGUAGAGAAAUUCUGAUUGGAUUAUUGUUUGUUUUUACACCAAAAUAGGUUGUUACCACUUCAAAACAACUUCAGAGUGAAAUUUUAAAAUAAAAGAAUAAAAAUGUUGAGGAUUUUAUUUUAAACUAUUUGAUAAAUACUCUGAUGCUGGAAUCAUAAAAUUGUCUUCUAAAAUGUUUACAUUGUUUUUUAAAUUAUUCAUCAGUUUAUAUUACCAACUGAGUAAAGCAGUCAGGUCUGCCUCACCCAUGUUGAAGUCAAAUUCAUAAAUAAAACUAGCAUUUCUUUAAAAAGGCAUAUUAUCUGUCACCUUGCUUAGCAAAGUUUGGCACCAAAUCUAUAGAGGAGGUCCUGCCCCCUCUGAACCACCAGUAAUGGAGCCCAUGGUUGUUUGCAAAUGCAAGUAGCAACAACAGCUAGUUGUAGGACUACCAGUUUUGCCUGAAAUGUAAUUCUUUACCAAAAUAACUGUGUGGAUUCAGGAGUAUGAUUCUCAUUUGGGUGCAGGAGCGUCAGAGUUUAAAUCCCGGACGAGCCCCCAUUCGUUAUGGUCUGGCCCAAAGAGGAAGCAUGCAUAGAAAACUCAGAAUGUAACCUAGAAAAGAAGGUGGGAAGGUGAAGGUCAAUCUUAAAUAAACUCCAUCAGACACUCUAAUCAGCACCCGAUCACCUGAGGAACCUGCGGAACCAGGUUUAUAGACAUGAACUAAUACGACAUUCUUCAGACUUUGGCUGUUUUAAAUUGGCAGUAAUCCCCUUUACCCGAUGAGGCAAGUCUGAAAAAAACACCUCUAUUUCUAAAAAAAAUGCUUUUUAAGGAGCUAUCUACAACAGGGAAGAUACUAAUUGUUCAUAAACUACACUUUAAGAGAUUUGAACUCUCACUUUAAACUGUUUUGUAAAUUUUUUGCCACAGCAAUUCUCAUUGGCAUACAUAGAAAAAAUAGCUUUACAGGAGUUGCAGUGCUGAAUGGUCUCUUUGACCCUUGGAGAGUUUUUGAGCAGAUCGUGACUCCAUCCCCACCAUGGUUUGUAAGAAAUUAGAUUUUUUUUAACCUUUUUAAAUCCAGUCUAAAGCUCAUGUUUGCUCUUAUGCUUUUAUUUAAGACAUUUACAAACCUUACAUAAGGACUCAUUAAACCCCCAUCACAACAUCCUGUAGUUUUCUCUUUAAUCGUCUCUGGCUAUUGCGGGUUUGUUAAAGUGACUCCCUGUGUAAUUAUAAAGACUGAGAAAUAAAAUAUUUGGUCAAUAUUUCAGCACCAGAGAGCAUCACUGAACACUUAGUUUCUACUACGAAUUAUGUAGCCUACUAUAGCCACAAGCUAGUAUAACUAUUCUUAUAUAAAAGCACUUCUUGUUAUGAAUUAUAUCCUACAACUUUUACUUUUUUUCCACAAACUAGUAGCACAACAAAAAAGUUUAGAUUCAGGUAGAAAAUGCCUUGUAUGUAGAAAUAACCUCUUUCUAACUUUUCUAUUAAAAAAAAACACAGUAAAAACUCCAACAAUGCUGAUGCUACACAUUGUGUUUAAAUGACACAAAAAUAAAAAUACACUUCCAGUAUAAAGUAUGCCGUGCCAUUUUUUAAAUGUCUGCAAAAACAUAAAAAACAUGUUUUUUUUAGAGUAAAUGAGAAUGCGACUAUUUUGUGGCAAAAGGCCUUGUACAUAAAGAACUGAUGUGACUUUGGACUUGGAUUCUUUCUACAGAUCUGUACAGUGUGAAGAUGAUGACGAUGAUGAUGAUUUUUAAAUUUUUUUUUYGUCUGGAGCUUCCUGUUUUGAGUUCUUCCUCUGAGGUUUUUCUGGACCUCCAGGCUGGACUGAAAUGAUGUAAAGCACAAUGAAAACACUGGGCAUUUUGUUUCACUUCCUGAAUAAAAACUACUAAAAAGUCAA